AUGCCGGGUUCGCCUUUACAGCCGUCCCAGGGAGUGGAUGCGGCGGCGCCCAACCCCGGGAUGGUUCACCCCGUCUGUCAGCCAGACAUGGCGGCGCUGUAUCACGUCCUUCGGUUCUUGCUCCCCCGGGUCGGCGCCAGCCUGGGUCCCAGCCCGCUCGUCACCCUCUUGUCUCUCGAUUGGGCCAGCGCGGAACUGGCCCUCGGCCUGGAGUUCGAGAGCCGUUGGAAGGUCGAAUUGACCAGCUCAAACAUCAUCAGCCUCUUCUACAGCUGUUUUGACUCGUACGGCCCCCCUCUCAGGCCCGCCGUCGAUUUUGUCGAGGUCGAAGAGUUGGUCGUGCUCGCGAUGCAGGACGUCGAGGCGCGCGACGAACCGGAACGCGCAGGGCGCAGCAAGCUCUUUGAGAUCGUCAAGUUGGUCUUCAAGUCCGGCGAGCGGUUGAACUGGGUGCUCAUGUACGAGCGCAGCAUUUGCCGUCUGUUCACCCGCGGGCCUGACCAUAGACUGCUCGAGCCUUGCUUCCGACAGAGCGUGAACCAGGCGAGCCUGUCGACAUACGAAUGA